GCUUGAUUAGCGCUGCUUGCCUGGAGGUGCUUGGGACCCUGGACCUGGGAUCCUGGCCGCAAGCCUCAGGAAGUCCGGAAAACCGCAGAUCUCAGGUUGGCUGGGGAGGGAGCAAGGACGGGGCCAGGGACGCGCAGAAUCCCAGUACCUUGCUUGGAGUGGACGCUGACAGUGCCAUCGAAAAGUUGUGCAUGGAAAUGACAAGAAAAGCUGGAGAGAAGCCCAAAUGGAUUAACUGAAGCCCUAGGGAGACACUAAAAGGUGCACUGGCUGCAUUCUGAGUCCCAGAACUGUGGGAAGUAGCCACUGGAUUACAGGCAUGUUGUGGAAGUUGCUGGUGAGAUCGCAGCCUUGCAGGCUGUGUUUUUUCAGAAAGAUGCAAUCAACUCCAAAAUACAAACCCUUUCUAGCAUACUUUACAACAGACAGGCAGUCAAACAAAGAAAAUAAAAGAACAGUGGAAACGCUCUAUAAAUUUUCAGUUGACGUUAGGAAAAUUCGAAGUUUAAAAGGAUGGGUACUUCUGGAGGAUGAAACCUAUGUUGAAGAAGUUGCAAAUAUUUUACAAGAACUAGGUGCUGAUGAGGCUGUAAUAGCCAGUAUUUUGGAACGCUGCCCAGAAGCAAUUGUCUGUAGUCCAGCUGCUAUUGACACCCAGAGAAAACUCUGGCAGUUGGUCUGCAAAAACGAGGAAGAGUUAGUCAAGUUAAUAGAGCAGUUUCCAGAAUCUUUCUUUAUUGUUAAGAACCAGGAGAACCUAAAGCUCAAUGUUCAGUUCUUUCAAGAGCUGGGACUCAAGAAUGUAGUCAUUAGUAGAUUUCUGACAACUGCAUCCAAUAUUUUUCAUAAUCCUGUUGAGAAGAAUAAGGAAACGAUAAAGCUCCUCCAAGAGAGUUACCUAAAUGUAGGUGGCUCUGAGGCCAAUAUGAAAGUCUGGCUACUAAAAUUAUUAAGCCAAAAUCCAUUUAUUUUGUUAAGGUCUCCUACAACUAUAAAGGAAACACUAGAAUUUCUCCAGAAGCAAGGCUUUACAAACUUUGAAAUUCUUCAACUUCUGUCCAAACUCAAAGGAUUUCUUUUUCAACUUUGUCCAAGAGAUAUCCAGAACAGUAUUUCCUUCUCUAAAAAUGCUUUUGAAUGCACAGAUCGUGACCUGAAGCAAUUAGUUUUGAAAUGUCCUGCUCUUUUAUAUUAUUCUGUUCCAGUUUUAGAAGAGAGAAUUCAGGGAUUAUUGAAAGAAGGAAUUUCCAUAGCUCAAAUAAGAGAGACACCAAUGGUUCUCGAAUUAACGCCACAGAUAGUUCAGUACAGAAUAAGGAAACUAAAUUCUUUAGGCUACAGAAUAAAGGACGGACACCUAGCAAAUCUAAAUGGAACAAAAAAAGAGUUUGAAGCUAACUUUGGCAAAAUUCAAGCCAAAAAAGAGAGGCCAUUAUUUAACCCCGUGGCACCAUUAAAUGUUGAAGAAUGACUGACUGA